AUGCAAAAAAAAAAUCAAAAUUUAAUUAAUAUUCCUUCUUCCAAUAAUAAUAAUUUAAAUACUUCUACUACAAACACAAAAAAAACCACUUCGGCGUCGCCACCUCAUCCUUCUACUCCCACCAUCCCAUGUUCUUCAAAUCUAAACAACAACAAUAUUGUGAAUAAUUUACCUCAAUCUUAUAAUUCUUUUUCAUUACAACAACAAGUACAUCUCGUACAAUCAAAAUAUAAUAAUAAGUUUUAUGCAAUGAAAGCACUAAAAAAAUCAGAAGUUGUACGUUUAAAACAAGUUGAACACACGAAUAAUGAAAAACAUAUUUUAGAACAAGUAAAACAUCCUUUUUUGAUCAAUCUAUGGGGGACAUUUCAGGAUAGUGCUAAUUUAUAUAUGGUGAUGGAUUAUAUCGUUGGGGGUGAAUUAUUUAGUAUAUUAAGAAAAUCUCAGAGAUUUCCUGAUCAUGUUGCAAAAUUUUACGCAGCAGAAGUUAUACUUGCAUUCGAGUAUUUACAUUCAAAAGAUAUAAUUUAUCGUGAUCUUAAACCCGAAAAUUUAUUAUUGGAUCGUAACGGACAUAUAAAAAUAACGGAUUUUGGAUUUGCCAAACAUGUGCCCGACAUCACAUGGACUUUAUGUGGUACACCUGAUUAUCUUGCUCCAGAAAUAAUUCAGUCAAAAGGUUAUGGCAAAGCAGUUGAUUGGUAUUCAUUAGGUGUAUUGAUAUUUGAAAUGUUGGCAGGUCAUCCUCCAUUCUACGAUGAUGAUCAUAUGAGGCUAUACGAGAAAAUCUUGGCUGGUAAAAUAAAAUAUCCGUCAUACUUUGAUCCGCUAGCAAAAGAUUUACUAAAACGUUUGUUGACUGCUGAUUUAUCAAAAAGAUAUGGUAAUCUAAGAGGUGGCAGUAAAGAUAUUAAAAAUCAUCAAUGGUUUAAGAGCGUUGAUUGGGAAAAAUUAUUAAAACGAGAAUUCAUUCCACCUUAUAUUCCAAAUGUUAAAGGUGAAGGUGAUGCAAGUAAUUUUGAUGUUUAUCCUGAAGAAAGGGAACCAUAUGGUAAACCAUGUAAUGAUAUUUUUAGGGAUAAAUUUUCAUCAUUUUAA